AUGGCGCCAGUCGAGAGGAUCAAGAACAACGGCGAAAGCAAGGACCCUCAGCCAAACAAUACCAAAAAUCUUCAAACUACGUCCAACCCCGAAGUCAUCGUCGACGCCGAGCCAGCAUCAACUACUCCGCCAAGCCCCGACUCUUCUUCGAACUACACCACAGCCCGCUCCAGUCUUUCCCUCCCUCCGAACUUUCGCGUCGCCGCCAAAGACGACAGAGCUGAAAGCGUCUUGCGCUUUGGCCCAGCCAGAGCCAGAACGGUAGAGCCGGUAGCGCGGGCAACGUCUCCAUUUGCAAAUAUCAACACCCCUCAGCGGCCGGCUUCGACCCCGGCCGGCGGGAACUGGCACAUUCGUCAUCGGCGUCAACAGCAGCAAUCUGCAACGUCACAAAAGGAGCCCGCCGUGCGUCCCAACAGAUUUGAGAGAGCGCACGGGAAUCUGACUGUCCCAUCGCUGCCGACGCAACAGGGGGAUGCCACCUCUGAACAGCGGGAACGGAGGACGGAACCCCAUGAGCAGCCCGAAUUUGGGAACGGAGCCGGCUCCCAGUGA